AUGGUUACCGCGAAUCAAUUUGAGCCUUUAAUCGGUUUUAUAUGUGGAGCUGCUGUGAUGAUAUCUUUCCAUAAUCUUUUCGUAUCUAUCGUUUUAUACAAAGCUCGUAAAUCCAAUGUUUCUAAUAUCAACAAAAUUAUCUUGAAUCUUAGUGUCAUGAUACUUUUCUUAUUCAGAUUUUCAAUUGGAUUUACACCUACCCGAGUAGAUUUACCUGUAGCCUCAUACCCAGUUCGAGAUUAUUGCUGGGUUGAUCAAUCCAAGUUUAAAAUACCAGAAGUGAUCGCAAUAGUCACAGACUUUUCGAUUGAUAUAUAUAUUACGGUCAGAUUAGUACAAAUCCUUCUUAAGGCCAAUAAGAAUACAGCAGGUCUCAGAGUAAAUGUGGGUAGGGAAAAAAAGCGAACAUUAUUUACUGCAGUUAUGUAUUGGAAUUUUGUUCGUUUGGCAGUGGCUUUUGGAAUAAAUUUAAUGGCAGUUUUGAACUUACUACCUUUGACUUCCGAAUUUGGUCAAUAUUUUGUCAAGCUCUUUUUUAAUACAUUUUUCUUUGUUCUAAUGUCAUACGUUGUGACUGUGGAUGCUGAAAUUGUUAAAGUAAUCGAAGGUGAAAAUCAAAAUAAAAAAAGAUCAAGUAAAUCUACAAAUGAAAAUUCCAGUUACCCUAGUUCACCCACGAAUCGCGCGACUUAUAAAAGUGCAGCAUUACUUCCAAAAAAUAAUACAUCUUCUUCACCACAAAGUGAUUAUAAUGUAUCCGUGAAAAGAUUGUCAUUCUUUGAAUGGACUAACCUUGUUUUGAGCUUUGGAUCUGGAAAAAAUCAUACGCAGGAAUUUACCCAAGAAGAAUUUGAAGAAAUUAUUGAAGGAUCUUCAGAAGCUACCGAACGUGACCCCGAAAAAGGCGAAGCUACUAAUGAUCCAAAUCGCAGCAGCAAUAUUAGUGAAGGGUCAACAAUUAUCAUCCAAAAUACUGAAACAACUAACGUUUCAAAAAUUGUACAAUAA